AUGCGUGUGCAAGGCGUGGAUGCAGAGGCGUGCGCGCUCGCGCGCGCCCACAAGCCGGCGCACUUUGUGCUGGAGCGUGUGGUGCGGCCGAACAUCCUGGCUCUCGAGCCGUACCGCUGCGCGCGCGACGACUUCCAGGAGGGCGUCCUCCUGGAUGCGAAUGAGAAUGCGAUGGGCCCGGCGCUCGCGCCUGGCACCGCGUACGAGGCGCUGGACCUGCACCGGUACCCGGACCCGUCGCUGCAUGAGGCGCGCGAGCGUGCGACGGCGCUGCGGGGCCUGCCGCACCCGGCGUACACGUUCCUCGGCGUCGGCAGCGACGAGGUGAUCGACCUGAUCCAGCGGUGCUUCGCGCGCCCCGGGCAGGACAAGAUCCUGAUCUGCCCGCCGACGUACGGCAUGUACAAGGUGAGCGCGUCGAUCAACGACAUCGGGGUCGUGCAGGUGCCGCUCGUGACGGCGAACGGCGCGUUCCAGCUCGACACGCCGCGCGUCCAGGCGGCGCUGCGCGCGGACCCUGCGAUCCGCCUCGUGUUCCUGUGCUCGCCGGGCAACCCGACCGGCACACUGCUCCCGCUGCGCGACGUGCAGCAGAUCCUCGACACGCCCGAGUUCGGCGGCGUCGUGGUCGUCGACGAGGCGUACAUCGACUUUGCCGCCGAGGAGCAGGCGCUGGGGCGCAAGCACGGCACGGAGCCGGUGUCGGCCGUGUCGCUCGUGCACGAGUACGCGAACGUGAUCGUCGCGCAGACACUCAGCAAGUCGUUUGGCCUCGCCGGCGUGCGCCUCGGCCUGGCGUUCGCGCAGCCGCCGAUCGUGCAGGUGCUGAACAACACCAAGGCCCCGUACAACAUCUCGUCGCCGGCCGCGUACCUUGCGUCGCAGGCGCUCAGCGCCGAGGGCGUCGCGCGCAUGCGCGCGAACGUGCACGCCCUCCUGGACGAGCGCGAGCGCCUGUGCCGCGCCCUCGCCCCGAUCCCCGCGACGGGCGCCGUGCUGGGCAGCAACGACGCGAACUUUGUGCUCGUGCAGGUGCUCGACCGGCCCGGCGGCGUGCCCGACAGCCAGCGCGCCGCCCACGUCUACGAGACCAUGGCGCGCCACCGCGGCCUGGUCGUCCGCAACCGCUCGUCCGAGCUCGGAUGCGCGGGCUGCCUGCGCAUCACGAUCGGCACCGCCGACGAAAACGACCUGUGCAUCGCCCUGCUCACCGAGCUGCUCGCAUAG